UCUCUGUCUCUCUGUCUCUCCUCUCUGUCUCUCUCUCUCUUACUCCUCAGCAGUAAAACUUCAUCUUCUAACAAUGAAGAACAACGAUGCACCGACACUGAUAACGAUCCCAUCAUCAACGGCGAUCAGGAAGGACGCCUCAUCGUCGUCAUCAUCCUCGAAAACCAGAGUCUUUCUCGACAAAAAUGGCUACAAGUUCUGGGCUUUAGCGGCGAUUCUUCUCCUUGCUUUCUGGUCCAUGUUCACCGGCUCCGUCACCCUCAAAUGGUCCACCGGCAACUUGUCCCGCCUCUCCGACGACCUCGACAUCCCGACCUUCGACGAUCUCGACAUUCUGGAGGUGGAGGAGAGAGAGAAGGUGGUGAGGCACAUGUGGGAUUUGUACACGCAGACCACCAGCACCAGCACGAGUCGAUUGCCGCGGUUUUGGCAGGAGGCUUUCGAGGCGGCGUACGAGCACUUGACCAGCGAUGUUGCCGCCGUUCGAGACGCCGCCGUUUCGGAGAUUGCCAAGAUGUCCAUCCGCUCCAUCGUUCUUGAUCCUUUUCCUCUUCAAUCAACGAACACAAGAGAGAUGAAGAAGAGAUCGAAGAAAGACGAGGAAAGCAAGAACGCGACUACAUUACGAAGUAGCAGCUAGAAUUCUGCGUUACAGUUGCUCGUCAUCGAACACUUUGCUUAAGUUUUCGGAGGACGACGGUGGACACACACCGGAACUAUGUGUUAUAUAAUUAGGGUUCAGAUCAACCCCAUCACAGGAGUCAGAGCAAAAGAAAAAGAUGCAUAUAUGAAAACUGGUAUAUGAAUUGUCCUUCAGUGAACCCCAUUAGUUGGGAACUUUGGACAUCAGAAAUCCCAUUAAUUGGGAUUUAUUAAUUGUAUAUUUUAUUUUUAAUUAAGAGUAAUAAAAACAGUAAAUUUCCAA